AUGGCGUUCAGCGUCUUUAAGUGGCUUCUAGAAACCCUUGCAUCCGGAAAGGAACAAGGACAAAGCGUUCGGCGUUUGUCCUCUUGGAAACGCGCAGCGACAAACUUUGCGUCACAAAAAUCCUGUCAAAACUACUGCUUGUCUGAGGCAUGUCCUCCUGGAACGGUGGUCGCUAAAGAUGGUGAAGGCAGCCGCUUGGUUCAAUGUAGCAAUCCUGGUGGACAAGGUCGUGUUUCCGGUGGAUGUCCCGAUGGAUACACGUGCUAUUCGUCUCCAUUACUGGAUCAGAGUGUGUGUUGUGGAGCCAGCACGGAACUUCAAUGUGAGUGA